AUGUCGGGAAUAAUCCAUAAAAUAGAGGAAAAACUUCAUGGCGGAGGACACGAGGGAGAAACUAAGCAUCAAACGACAUCGAGCGACCAUAAGGAUCAUCAAAACACCGGACAACAUAAAGAUGGGAUGAUGGAGAAUAUUAAGGAUAAAAUUCAUGGCAGCGAUAGUCAUAACAAAGGCGAGAAAAAUAAGGAAAAGAAGAAGAAGGAAGGACAUGAACGCGGCAAGGGACAUGGUCAUGACGGUGGUAGUAGCAGCAGUGAUAGCGAUUAA